AUGCGUCUCGGUGUCUGUUUCAGUCUUGCUGCGGCGGCCAGUGUCGCACGCGCAGCCCUAACUGCAACAGAGAAUGACACCUCCAUUGUCCUUGAGAACGACCGGCUCAGAGCCACCUUCGACAAAGGCAGGGGGAGUAUCAUCGACCUCUACCUUGACGGUCAAGAUUUCCUAGGUCCGCAGUCUGGAUCGACCGGGAUCGGCCCCUAUCUCGACUGCUACUGCACCCCCUCCGGUUUCUACACCGCUGGUUCAACAAAUCCUGUAACAGAGCUGGUGCAAGGCACAGACUCGACCGGCACAAAAUAUGCAGGCAUCAUCCUGAACGAUACGUAUACCCCGACCGGCCAAGAGUUCCAGCAGUACUGGUUCCUCCGCGAUGGCGAGACCGGUUUCCAUAUGUUCAGUCGAUUGGCGUACUACAACGAGACCACCCCGUUCCUGCGCAAUCUACAAGAGCUCCGCACGCUCUUUCGCCCGAAUACGGAUCUAUGGACACAUCUCACCUCGAGUGACCUGCAGACUGCGCCCUUGCCCAGCGACGAGGCUAUUGCGGAGCAGAUCGUUGUCCAGGACGCGACCUGGAGGCUUAAUAACACGCCGGACGAUGCAUACUACCAGCAGUUUUCAGAGUACUUUACCAAGUACACCUUCUCGAACCACUGGCGAGACAAUGAUGUCCACGGACUCUACGCGGACGGGUCUACCUCGGAUGGGACUACAUACGGCGCAUGGCUGGUGAUGAAUACAAAGGAUACCUACUACGGACUGACAGAGCAGGGCCCGCUGCACUCUGACCUCACCGUCGACGGUAUAAUCUACAACUACAUCGUUUCCAACCACCACGGCGAAGGCACUCCGAACAUAACCAACGGCUUUGACCGCACCUUCGGACCGCAGUUCUACCUCUUCAACGGCGGAGGAUCCUCCUCACUAGAGGAGCUCAGAGACGAGGCUCGCUCUCUAGCGAGCCCAAGCUGGAACGCCGACUUCUACGACUCGAUCGCCAAACACGUCAUUGGUUACGUCCCUUCGUCGCAGCGCGGCAGCGUAAAAGGCACGAUCAAGCUGCCCAAGAACGCGAAAAGUCCCAUCGCCGUCCUCACCGUCGACGGCCACUACUUCCAGGAUAACUCUGCCGUUCCCUCGUCCCACCAAUACUGGGCCGACAUCGACAAGAAUGGCCGCUUCAGCAUCGACCGCGUCGUUGCCGGCAAAUACCGACUAACCGUCUAUGCAGACGGCAUUUUCGGCGACUUCACACGCGACGGGAUCGUUGUCAAAGCACGCAAAUCAACAUCCAUCAAGGAGACAUGGAAGCCCGAAUCUGCUGGCACAGAGAUCUGGCGUCUCGGUACCCCCGACAAAUCCUCCGGCGAGUUCCGCCACGGCGCAGCGCGCGAUCCUACCCAUCCCCGCCACCCGCCAGAGUACCUGAUCUACUGGGGUGCCUACGACUGGCAAUCUGACUUCCCCGGCGGGAUUGACUAUAUGAUCGGUGAGAGCGAUCCAGCAACAGACUUCAAUACAGUCCACUGGGCUGUCUUCGGACCCACGCCCGACAACCCCGUAGCGGAAUCGAACACCACCCACGACUGGAGAAUCCGAUUUGAUCUAAGCGCGAAACAGCUACACGCACGUAAGACGGCCACACUAACGAUCCAGCUUGCGGGUGCAAAGGCUGCGAGCGGAAACACGGACGUGUAUAACGCGUCCGAGCCGUACGCGAAUCUCCCGCUGCGGAGCUACAUCAAUGAGCAAGAGGAGCCUUUGACUAUGGUUAUUGGCUAUGAUCAAUCGAGUAGCUGUAUUGUGCGGUCGGCAGUUAGUUGCUACCAGGUGCGUGAGAAAUGGGAGUUCCCAGCUAGUUGGUUAAAGGAGGGAAGUAAUUUACUGAGGCUGAGCUUGCCGACUAAUGGGACGAAUUACGAGAGUGCGGUGUUGCCGACGAGCGUGUACGUGCAGUAUGAUGCUUUGAGAUUGGAGUUGAAGUGA